AUGAGUGCAAGCGAGCCAACACUAACUGAAUCACCAGUGCCGCUAGCUUUGGCGCGUCUGCAGGGCCGACCAGGGCGCGUGCCUGGGGGUAUGCGCACACACCGACCUAGCCUACCGCUCGCAAGUCUACAAGAGGCUAUUGAUGAAACUCCACGGCGUUACAGUGAAGAAACUUUUGGUAUGGAGUCGGAUGAAGAAGAGUCUUUUACUGAUUCGGCUAUAGUUCAUAUACCGUCUUCUUCAACUUCCAAUGGUCGAAGAGCUUCUGAUGCUACGUUUGCUGAACGAUAUAGGAAAUUUACCGACUUUGAUGGCCCGCCCGUUGAUGUACCCCGACGAGCCUCUCUGGCCGUUUCCGUUGGAACCGACGGUUUCGGACCUAGCGAUAAAGGCCGCAGGCGCUCUUGGGCGGCGCGAUUACAGCUAGAACGCAAAAAGAGGCGAAAAUCUGGAGGAAAUGACACAGAUGAAGAGAGUGAUACUCCAACUUAUAUACGUCAGAAAAGGCCUUCUUGGUGGAAUGUCUUCGUUCCUGAUAAUAUGCUAAAGCACAGGUCUAGGCGUGCGUCGCAACAGCUGUCCAGGAGUGCAGAGAGCAUCGACCAAUCUUAUAAAAGGUCGAAAAGUCGUUCCGUGGACCAUGGCUUCGCAGCCCCCUUUGACUUGGAAUCUCUUCGCUCCAAGGUGGAAGGAAGAUUUGACGCUGUGCAUAGAGAUGAUGACGAGCAAGCCAAGAGACUUCCUCCACCACCACCCAUCAAAACAGUGACGUAUAUAGUUCGCGACCGAGAUACGCUUACGUCGCUCGCCGCCCGCUUCGACACGACCCCCUCCGAGCUCACAAAGCUGAACCGACUCGCUACGCAGUUCAUCUUCCCCGGGCAAACGCUGCUUGUGCCCGAUAAGAAGAAAGAUGGCGAUAAGGAUUCUGAUGGGCCGUCAGAGAGCGGUGAUAACACAUCCGAAUCUACGCAAGGUGCCCCCGGCGAGCCGGCCCAGGAAAAAGAGAUCUUGGACAGUCUCCGACCAGUGUCCCCCGAGGCGCCGGCCAGCAGCAGCGGCCCGCAACGCUUCCUCAAAAUCAAUGUGCGACAUAUCACCGACGGACAGGGCGUUGUGUCCGGGGUGCUGCUGGUCACACCGAACGCGGUGAUGUUCGACCCGAACGUGUCCGAUACACUCGUGAUGGAGCACGGGCCCGAGUCGUACGGUGUAAUCGCGCCCAUGGAGUACGUGGUCAACGCAGCUAUAUUCUACGAUAUCGCGCACAUGCGCACUCACGGACCGGACCACAAUACGCACAAAACGGAGCAAGCUGAAAUUUACUACAUGAAUAAAUCCGAACAUUCGCCCGGAAAGGAUUCCCUUCUAGUCAAAGAUGAAACGUUCCCCGAGCUGCAGGCGGCGGGCGAGGCGGGCGCGGCGGGGGACGCGGGCGACGAGCGCCCCGCCUCGCUGGACGCGGAGGAGAGGGGGGGCGCCGCCUUCCCCAAGGCCUUCGAUAGAGACCUCGUUACUCCUACGCCUCUACAGCAACAAACUAUAGAAGAAAGGCGAAAAUCAUUACUAGACCACCACUGGGCAAUCCCAAGCAAAGACAGGAUGUCUAUUGAUCAAGGAAGCGAGGUAUCAUCGAGCGCAGACGCCGGUAAAGAGGAGAGUCUAGAAGCUUCGGUCGCGGAGGGCUCGGAGGAGCGCGCGGGCAGCGUGGCGGACGGCGAGGCCGAGGAGGAGCCGCGCGACGCCGCGCAUCUCGUCAAGCUCUCCUACCACGACUCGGGCAUCGACAUACGCGACCCGCUGUUGCACGUCACGCCUAAUACCUCUAAAAAGGUAUACAGCGAUGCGGACAUCGUCCUCUCCGCGGACUGGGUGCCGCCGGUGUGCCUGCCGCGCGCCGAGCCGCCGCUGUCGGCGCCGCCGCUCGGAGAGAACGAGAGGGCACCACGCAAGCAGGCAGCCGUCUCUUUCUCGCUCGAUGGUAACCAGAAGGAGGAUCCUGGGAAACCCGACAAAAAGAAUAAGAUGUUAAAACGUCUAUCGUACCCCCUGUCUUGGGUGGAGGGGUUGACAGGCGAGGGCCCGCACGGCGCGCAGCCCUCUCAAAGUGACUCUUUACCAUCUUCCGUUGAUACGCAAAACUCCACCUCUGUCUUUUCCAAAGUAUUCAACAGGCGCAGUUCGCUCGGUGGUUUCGGUCGCUCCCACGCCAAGGUCAUCAGCGCCACCCAGCCGCGGCUUGAUUAUCGCAGCAUGGUCUCGGUGGAUGACAUGCCUGAUCUCUUUGCUUCAUUUGAUAAGCUGAUCCCGCGGCCGGCGCGGCCCAGCGACGACCCGCCACUGUACCUGCGCCUGCGCAUGGGCAAGCCGGCCGGCCGCCCGCUGCCGCGCUCCACGCCGCUCAUGUCCUACGGACGGAAACGCAUGAAGCCCGAGUAUUGGUUCGGCAUUCCUCGCAAUCGGGUGGACGAUCUAUUCAAGUUCCUGACGCACUGGGUGCCCGAGCGGUACGGGCCGCUGCGGGACGUCACCGCGCACGGCUACGAGCUCAUCGACAGCGACACCGAGUGGGACGACGACGACGCCAAGCCUGGCCAGAAGGAACGUUCGGGCAGUACCGGCGAUGUGUCGGACAUUACAAGAGAAUCGUGGGAGCUGCUGAAGGCGCCGUACGUGAAAAUAUAUUCUAUAAUGAAGAGCCAGGCCGAAGCCCUGGGGGACUCCCUCGGCGAGGAGCCCCAGCCCGAGGUGCUGUCGAUGAGCGAUGAAUUACGGCGCGCUCUGUACUCGUCGGGCGCGUCCGUUGACAUGGAGUUCUCGCCUCCCGACCUCAUCGGAACCUCUGAGAUAUUCACUAUGGAACACAGAGAGAAACUAUGCACAGUGCUACCAGCGCGCGCGCAGGGCUACAUGUGGUCGCUGGCGUUCAGCACGAGCCAGCACGGCUUCUCGCUCGCCUCCAUGUACCGCAAGAUGCAGCGCGUCGACACACCCGUGCUGCUCGUCAUACAGGAUACAGACAACAAUGUGUUUGGAGCCCUGACCUCGUGCGCUCUGAGGCCGUCCGAGCACUUUUACGGCACGGGCGAGUCUCUACUGUUCUCUUUCCAGCGCGUGGAAGAGCGCCGAACCUCGCAGACAUCCCCUGAUGAGGUCCCACAGAAAGAUGAUAAAGAAGAGAAGAAGGAUGAUCAAGAUGACCAAACAGUACAAGUUAAAACGAAAUUCAAAUACUGGGGCUGGACUGGCGACAACAUGUACUUCAUUCGAGGCAGCAAUGAUAAUAUAUCCAUCGGCGCUGGAGACGGCAAGUUUGGUAUCUGGCUGGACGGGGAUCUGUACUUGGGGCGCACGCAGCGCUGCACCACGUACGGCAACGAGCCGCUCACCACGCGCGAGGACUUCGUCGUCAAGAUCAUGGAGUGCUGGACCUUCAUA